UGUUGAGCAUCCAGCUAGUGCUAGCAGGGUCAGUUUGACAGCUAGUUUGCUCGCAAAAGAAACAAAGCAGACCGCGCCAGCUGAUGACAUUCGUUCGUGUUGCAGCUAUCAUGAAAUGAAGACAGCAUGGGAGCCAAAGAGUCGAGGAUAGGGUUUCUCUCGUAUGACGAGGCCAUUAAAAGAGUCACAGAUGUAGAACUCCAGCGUCUGAAAGAUGCCUUUCGCAGGACAAGUGGACUGUCCUAUUACAUGAGCCAGCAGUGCUUCCUAAGGGAGGUGCUUGGAGAUGUUGUGCCGCCCAGGGUUGCUGAGGUAAUUUACAGCUCAUUCGGCGGUAAUUCAAAAGGACUACACUUCAACAAUCUCAUUGUUGGAUUGGUCCUCCUGACCAGAGGAAGAGAUGAGGAGAAAGCUAAAUACAUUUUCAGCCUCUUCGCCAGUGAUUCGGGCAGCCAUGCAACCCGAGAGGAUAUGGAGAGCAUGCUGCAGGCAGUGGAUGGAGAGAUCCCUCUCUCUCUCAGGAAGUGUUUUUCCGAGGGAGAGAAGGUGAACUAUGAGAAGUUUAAGAGUUGGCUCCUCCAGAACAAAGAAGCCUUCACGUUCUCCCGCUGGCUCCUGUCCAGCGGGGUGUGUGUCACUCUGACAGAUGACAGCGACAUGCCCACCUUCUACCAGACCCUCGCUGGAGUCACACACUUGGAGGAGUCUGACAUCAUUGACCUGGAGAAGCGGUAUUGGCUGUUGAAGGCCCAGUCUCGGACCGGCAGAUUUGACCUGGAGACCUUCGGCCCUCUGGUUUCUCCUCCUAUUCAUUCCUCCCUGAGUGAGGGAUUGUUUCACGCCUUCGAUGAGAACAGGGACAAUCACAUCGACUUCAAGGAGAUCUCGUGUGGCCUCUCUGCUUGCUGUCGGGGCCCACUGGCAGAAAGGCAGAAGUUCUGCUUCAAAGUGUUUGACGUCGACCACGACGGCGUUCUCUCUCGUGAAGAAGUCUGUGACAUGAUUGGGGCGUUGCUCGAGGUUUGGCGAGACAACCGCACGGACCCUCUCCCUGAAGCGCAGAGUAAUGUCUCUGACAUCGUGGAGGACAUUCUGACAGAGCACGACACCACUAAGCAAGGCCAUUUGACCCUCGAGGAUUACCAGAUAUGGAGUGUGAAGAGUGCCCUUGCCAAUGAGUUUCUCAACCUGCUGUUUCAGGUGUGCCAUAUUGUUCUUGGACUGCGACCCGCCACUCCAGAGGAGGAAGGCCAGAUUAUCAGGGGCUGGCUGGAGAGAGAGAGCAGACGCGGCCUGCAGCCUGGAGACUACUGGUUCCUCAUCGCCGUGUCCUGGUGGCGACAAUGGAGAGACUACGUCAAAUAUGACGACAGGCGGAUCGUGGUGGAGCAGCCGUCGGCGUUCGGCGGGGGGCGGAGCUUGGGGGGAGGCGCGGAGGCGGGGCCAGGCAGGGAGGGAACCCCCGGCUCACACACAUCGUCCGACGACAAGUUCUCCGACAACGUCUCCAGCGCCUCCGAAGCCUCAGAGACCGCCAGCCCCAAUGUUCUCCCGCUCAGCUCCACGGACAUCUGCUUCCCCCGACAGCAGGACACUCCGGACUCAGACCGCCAGUGUGUCCUGGGGGCCGAUGGGGCCACGGCGGUGUCGAGGCCAGGGGCCAUAGACAACCAGCCUCUGGUCACUACAGAGCCUCUGAAGGCUCCCACCCUCACCAUGGAGGGAGCUCUGCUCCGACGCUUCCCCUCUCUCACCCUGGGGAGGGAUUUCGAGCUGGUCCCAGAGCCGGUGUGGAGGGCGCUGUACCACUGGUACGGUGCCAACCUCAGCCUGCCUAGACCGGUGAUCAGGAACUCCAGGACGGAGGGAGCUGAGAUGGAGCUGUUCCCCAGACACCUGCUGUUCCUGAGGCAACAGCUGCCUGCACGCACCCCUCAGUCCACCGCCUGGGUUAACAUGGGUAACGGGCCACCCCCCAGUGCCCCCCUGAAGCGUGUGCUGGUGUACACAGGCUGCUUCAGCAGGGUGGGAACCAUCAAGGACAUCCAUGAGUACCUGGCUCAGAGACUCCGCAUCAAGGAGGAAGACAUGAGACUGUGGAUCUACAACAGUGAGAACUAUCUGACCCUGCUGGACGAUGAGGACCACACCUUGGAGGGGCUUAAGGUCCCAGAUGAGCAGUACAUGGUCAUUGAAGUGCGGAACAAGGACAUGAGCUGGCCCGAGGAGAUGUCCUUCAUCGCUAACAGCAACAGGAUGAGCCGUCACAACGUCCCCACGGAGAAGGGAGCCACAGGCCUCAGUAACCUUGGAAACAGCUGCUUCAUGAACUCCAGCAUCCAGUGUGUGAGCAACACCAAGCCUCUCACCGACUACUUCACCUCAGGGACACAUCUCUACGAGCUCAACAGGACCAAUCCUAUCGGGAUGAAGGGUCACAUGGCCAAGUGCUACGGUGACCUGGUGCAGGAGCUGUGGAGCGGAACGCAGAAGAACCUGGCGCCCCUGAAACUCAGAUGGACGAUAGCGAAGUACGCUCCUCGCUUCAACGGCUUCCAGCAGCAGGACUCCCAGGAGCUGCUGGCCUUCCUGCUGGACGGCCUUCACGAGGACCUGAACCGCGUCCAUGACAAGCCCUACGUGGAGCUGAAGGACAGCGACGGACGACCUGACUGGAAGGUGGCCUCUGAGGCCUGGGAGAACCACCUGCGGAGGAACCGUUCCAUCGUGGUGGACCUGUUCCACGGGCAGCUCCGGUCCCAGGUCAAGUGCAAGACCUGCGGCCACGUCAGUGCUCGCUUCGACCCCUUCAACUUCCUGUCCCUGCCCCUGCCCAUGGACAACUCCAUGCACAUGGAGAUCAUAGUCAUCAAGCUGGACGGCUCGGCGCCGGUGCGCUACGGCCUGCGUCUCAACGCCGACGACAAGUACACGGGUCUCAAGAGACUUCUGAGCGAGCUGUGUGGCCUGAGGCAAGAGCAGAUCCUACUCUCUGAGGUCCACGCUUCCAACAUCAAGAACUUUCCGUCAGAUAACCAGAAGGUGCGCCGGGCGGUGAGCGGUUUCCUCUGCGCGUUCGAGAUCCCUGUUCCGGGCUCGUCCACGGCCAUCCCCCCCGCCACAGACCCAGACCUGGACGCAGAGCGAGCGGCUCCGGGCCUGGUGAACGGUGGCGUGGCCAUGGCGGAGGGCGACUCUCCCGGGGUGGGGCUGGUGACUGAGGGCAUGCCCAGCACUGUGGUGCCCUGUGGGACGGAGGCCAGCCUCGCCCCCAGCCUCUCCAACGGACAGACGCCGGCCUCCCCCAACAGCCCCUUCAUCGGGUACAUCAUCGCCAUCCACAGGAAGAUGAUGCGGGCCGAGCUGUACUUCCUGUCGUCCCAGAAGAACCGCCCCAGUCUGUUCGGGAUGCCCCUCAUCGUGCCGUGCACGGUGCGCACGCGCGCCCGCGACCUGUACGACGCCGUGUGGACGCAGGUGUCCCGGCUGGCCAGCCCCCUGCCCCCCCAGGAGGCCAGCAACCACGCCCUGGACUGUGAUGACAGCAUGGGUUACCAGUACCCCUUCACCCUGCGGGUGGUGCAGAAGGAUGGAAAUGCCUGUGCCUGCUGCCCCUGGUACAGGUUCUGCAGAGGCUGUCCAGUGGAGUGUAAUGACGACAAGGCGGCAGUAGGAAGCUCCUUCCUGGCGGUGGACUGGGACCCCACAGCCCUCCACCUGCGCUACCAGACGUCCCAGGAGAGGAUCGUGGAGGAGCACAGCAGCGUGGAGCAGAGUCGGAGGGCCCAGGCCGAGCCCAUCAGCCUGGACAGCUGCCUGCAGGCGUUCACGAGCGAGGAGGAGCUGGGCGAGGACGAGCUGUACUACUGCUCCAAGUGCAGCACCCACCGCCUGGCCACCAAGAAGCUGGAUCUGUGGAGGCUGCCUCCCAUCCUGAUAGUCCAUUUAAAGCGAUUCCAGUUCAUGAAUGGGCGGUGGAUCAAAUCUCAGAAGAUCGUGAGGUUCCCCAGAGAUCAGUUUGACCCCAGUGCGUUCCUGACCCCGAGAGACCCCGAAGACGGCCAAUCAGAGUGGAAGGAGGCGGUGGGGGAGGAGCUUGACUCCAUGGGAGGAGCUAGAAGAGCUGGAGGCGGAGACACAAGCUCGAACACCGCCUUGAAUGUCAACAACGAGAAAGAUCCUCUGUGUUCAAGCAGGAUGACCAGCACCCCCAGCAGGGAGUCCAGCCCCUCCUCCAGCCCAGGGAGGGAGGCCAGGAGGCAGGGCCGCGCCCGAGGCUUCCCCCUGGGCAGCAAGCUCCAACUGUCCCUCAGCAAGGAGAGCCUGGACAGUGGCAGGGAGAGCCCACUGGACCUGGGGCCCAGCUCCCUGGACCUGGGGCCCAGCUCCCUGGACCUGGGGCCCAGCCCCCUGGACCUGGGGCCCAGCCCCCUGGACCUGGGGCCCAGCCCCCUGGACCUGGGGCCCAGCCGGACGGGCAGCGACGCCAAGGGCCCCGGCCUGGACUCCACCUCAGGGGAGGACACUGCCAGGGACGUCACCACGUCCGUCUCGGAGAUGGAAAGCAACGGCUUCACGGAGGACAGCAUGGACCUGGACGCGCCUCACCACCACAGAGACCACAUCAGCCUGGAGCCCAUUUACAACUUGUAUGCAAUUUCAUGUCACUCAGGAAUCCUUGGAGGAGGCCACUAUGUCACCUAUGCCAAAAACCCCAACGACAAAUGGUACUGUUACAAUGACAGCAGCUGUAAGGAAGUGAGGUCAGAAGAAGUCGACAAAGACUCGGCCUAUAUCCUCUUCUAUGAGCAGCAGGGGGUCGAUCAUUCUCUGUUCAUGCCGAAAACCGAUGGCAAAAAGAUGGCCGACACAAGCAGCAUGGAUGAGGACUUUGAGUCGGACUACAAGAAAUACUGUGUUCUCCAGUAACCUGUGUCUGUGCUUCUCCACGCGCCAACAUCUCAUCAACAUGCUUGUGCUAUAGCAACAUAUGUAAUCUCUCAGGUAGAGAAGUAUUGAAGCGUAGAAAUCUUCCCGGGGGGUUCACUUGUUUCCUUGUCAAAGUGGAUGGACGAGCAAAUGGUACUCAAUAUUUACAACUACCACAUGUACAUCUUACAAAGUAGCACGCUGUAUUUUAGGGUGACUAUGCUUUGGCCAGAAUUCAGUGUGUGUGUGUGCGCGUGCUCAUAGACCAAUGCCACUUGCAUUUGCCAUUGAUUCAGACCUACGUAGGUACUGUUGUUGUAAGACGCCCUUAUGUGACAACCUCCACUGAACAAACACAGAUGUUUUGCAGUAGAAACAAGUGUAUUCUACCUCAUGCUUUGGACUAUGGUUACAGUUAUAUGCCACACAUCUAUAAUUGCUCCCAAAUGUUCCCAUUUGUUUGUGUGUCUUUGUCCCACUAAAUGUAAUUAAGUUUAUGACGAUAAUUGUGGAAUAUGUUUAGUUUGUAUUAUGCAAUGUACAUGUACAGUACUUCCUUUGCUAAAGUGUUAGCGUCAGAGAACAAAGUCUCCCUUGUUCAUCCAAGAAGAACAAGAAUGAUUGUGCCAUUUAGAAAAGUCAGCCCCAACCACAUAUCACUGCUGUUGAUGCGUUGCAAAAACGGCUUAGUGUCUCCACAGUUCAUGCCACAGGAUUAAUUUAGUAACUCAGUCUAACUUUGCUCUGUGCUUGUAUUGAAAUCACAUUUUGAAAUGUCAUGUUAUUUGCUUUGGAUACGUUUGACAUUUUUGCAAUUGGAGAAGUUGCAUCUUGUCAAUUCGUGCCGAGUUUAAAAACACUUGUCUUGAGUCUAAGGUGGCUAGACUGUAUGUAGAGACAGACAUGUGUCUGUGUGUGUAAAAUCAGAUCAGAAAACAAUGUUACCUUACCUCGCUUAUGAUGGUAGAAUGUUAAUCAUACCCCAGCUUUCUUUUAUUACUUUUUUUAACAUUUAGCAACCUUAUUGUAAUUUUCUUCAGUAUUGUACCCCUGAAAGCUUGAUAUUGUGAUUACUACUGAAUGUUUGAAGUCUUGUCUUGUUUCUCUCUUUCAUAAUUCAUUAAUUUAAUGGACAUGUACUUUUGUAAAAUUUUGUUUAAAGUCUAAAUUACUUUGCACUGACCUUUUUGAGGGAAAAAACUGUAUAUAGAUACUUUUGAAACCAACAAAAACAUUAAAUGAGCUGUAAAGAUAUGUCUUGUAUAUGGGAUGGAUUCGUUUAUCUGUAUUAAAGCAGCCAGUGACACAGCG